AUGCCGCCGCCGCCGCCGCCGCCGCUGCGGCGCUUCUCGGUCGCGUGUGAUUGCUCGCGCCCUCGACUCCCAUCCCGCUCGUUUAGAAUUCCUCCGCUCGUUCAAAACUCUCGCUCUCCCCACCCCGUCGGCGCCGCAGCAUCUCACCCGACGCGACCGACUGACCAGUCCGCGCGCCGGCUCCCAUGCUUUCUCGCAUCCGCACGCCACCCACUCCCAUCGACCCCUCCGCCGAAUACAUAUACACAUACCGGCCUCGCAGGCACCCCCGCGGGCCAAACCAUCGAAACGCUCCCCGCACACAUACCUUAA